AAUGGUAAGAAAACAAAAGACAUUUAAUUCAGAAGAGAGUAGUAUAUAAAUAAAGUUGCUUAUGACAGUAUUGAUAUUAUACAUUCGAAAUUUCAUGUGGGUUGUUUCAAACAGCUGAUCGUCAUGAACCGUUAUUUUUUUAUUCAAGCGCCAGUUGCUGCUAAAGAAAACCCAAGUCAAAAGAAUUUCAUUUUCCCGUUAUUUUUAUACCAUGCAUAUACGUAUACCUAAGAAUCAGAAAAUAGAGUAUUUUUGUAUAGCGUUUAUUAUUCACAGAAUUUGGCUGUGGUAGUGACAUAUGCUCCCAGUAGUCCUACGUGCAUAGCGUAAAAAUAUAACAGACACAAAACCGCACAUGCUCGAUUGGAUCGCAGGUAUUAUUCGCGACCUUAUACGACAUUGGUAAAAAAAAGGAGAAAAAAAGAUUGAACCGGCGCGCAGGCGCAGAGGGAAAAACAUAAUUCCACCAUUGCUACGGUUUGGCUACGGUGGUCGGUGGUGGCUGAUCGCUGUCGUUUCUUCCGGCACGUCAAAACGACAAUCGUUUAGUUCAACCGAGUUCUUCGAAUUCGCGAUUAUUCAUUCAAUUCGUCCGUUUACGAAAAUAAAAAGAAAAAACCAAACAGGUUUUCGAGCGUUCGAUCACGUUGUCAAGUUAAAAAUAAGCAUUAGCUACGGAUAACCGAACGUGUAACGUGAAAUCAAAAGUGUCGAUAAUAAUUGAAAAUAAAACAGAUCCAGUGAAUUUGAGCGGACAAUUCUUUUAAUAAUUUCGACAUGUUGAGUUUUUGUCGACAGGCCUUUCUCGUCAACAGUCAAAAAAUCGGAGCAAGAUGCUUGGGGAGCAUCGUACCACUUUCGAAGCCCCCGGACAUCCCGUUGGAAAACGAGCCAGUUUUGUCGUACAAAAAAGGGAGCAAGGAACGGGCUGACCUCCAAAAAGUUUUGGACAAAAUGUCAAACGAGUGUGAAGAAGUGCCUUUAGUUAUUGGAGGCGAGGAGAUCUGUACCGGAGACGUCAAGUAUCAAGUCAUGCCCCACGACCACAAAGCUAAAGUGGCAAAAUAUCAUUGGGCAUCGCCAAAGCUUAUAAAAAAGGCAAUCGACGUUGCGACCAAGGCUCAACGAGAUUGGGAAAAGGUUCCAAUUGAGAAACGUUUGGAAAUAUGGCUCAGGGCUGCGGAUCUCAUGGCUAACAAAUAUCGACAACAUCUUAAUGCAGCAACGAUGCUGGGACAAAGUAAAACUGUAAUACAGGCUGAAAUCGACAGUGCAGCCGAACUCGUCGAUUUCUUCAAGAUUCACUCGUAUUUUGUCAAAGAGGCGCUCAAAUACCAACCCAUUUCACCAAACUCAAAAGAAACACUCAAUUCCAUGAGGUAUCGUGGCAUGGACGGUUUCGUUGCUGCCGUCUCACCUUUCAACUUUACCGCAAUCGGCGGUAAUCUCAGUUAUACACCAGCCCUGAUGGGUAACGGAGUCCUAUGGAAACCUUCGGACACCGCGAUACUUUCAAACUGGUGGAUAUUCAAGAUUUGUCGAGAGGCCGGAGUGCCACCGGGCGUGGUGAAUUUUGUGCCAGCCCACGGGCCCGAUUUCGGUGACACAAUUACCGCCUCACCUUAUUUAUCUGGUAUUAAUUUUACUGGCUCAGUACCAACCUUCAACCGCCUCUGGAGUCAAGUUGGAAAAAAUAUCAACAACUACAAGAAUUAUCCAAAAUUGAUCGGCGAGUGCGGUGGCAAGAACUUUCACUUUGUCCAUCCGAGUGCCGAUCCCGAUAGCGUCAUUGUUAGUACAAUAAAAAGUGCAUUCGAAUUCAAUGGACAAAAGUGUUCUGCCUGCAGUAGAAUGUAUUGUCCAGAAUCUUUGUGGCCUCAGAUCAAAGAAGGCCUGUUGAAGAUUCGGGAUCAACUAAAGAUUGGUGACGUCAAAGACUUUACGGUUUUCACGGGAGCGGUGAUCGAUGCUGUGGCUUUCAAAAGGAUUACUGGUUACAUUGAGCAUGCAAAGAAAUCAUCCAAUCUCGAAAUCAUCGGCGGUGGUGGCUACGAUGAUUCUUGUGGCUACUUCAUCGAACCGACGAUCGUCCAGAGUAAAGAUCCGGUAGACAAAAUCAUGACGGAGGAAAUCUUUGGACCUGUAUUGACGAUUUAUGUUUACAAAGAUUCGAAGUUAAACGACACGAUGAAGCUAGUUGAGAGUUCGACACCUUACGCCCUCACUGGAGCUAUAUUCGCUCAGGAUUUGAAUUGGGCAAAAAUUGCUCUGGAAGAGUUCAAAUACACCGCAGGCAAUUUUUACGUAAACGAUAAGUCUACUGGUUCGGUUGUUGGGCAGCAACCGUUUGGUGGAAGUAGAAUGUCGGGCACAAACGAUAAAGCCGGUGGUCCUCAUUAUGCUCUGCGUUGGGCAUCGCCACAAUCGAUAAAAGAAACGUUCGUACCCAUACAGGGUUGGAAAUAUGAGUACAUGAGUUCCUGAAUGCAUUUACUUUUGAUGACUCGUACAUGAGGAUGUAAAACAAGAAUUGGUAGAUACAAUUGAAUAGCAAACCAGGAGAAAAAAUAUCGAAUGAACAGAAAAUUAUCACGGAUUUCAGAAAUCUGAUGAACAAAAAAACAUACUAUACGACUUGUAAAAGUCUGCGCCGCUUUGUCCUGUCAAUUAUCAUUUGCAUUACUCGUCAAUUCAUCAUUUACCCGAUAUAAAAAUCGUUUAUUUCGAUAUACUAUUCAAUUCUGUAUGUUUUACAAAGCAGAAAUAUAUUAACCGUGUAUAAGAUGUAAAGACAGUUUAACGAAUUCGCAGCUUGCUGGCUGAGUAUGCAAAUAGUAGAUUUAAACAUUCAUACUUUUGUUAAAAAGCAAAAAUACGAUAGAAACCAAAGCCGCAGUUGAAAAAUAUGUCGAGCACUAGAAUGUUCGAGUCGACAUAAACUUCGGUUUGCAUGAACAAUAGAUUAUUUCGUCCAUCUUUUCGUCAAUCAAACACGGUAAAACGGUAUUGAAAGAAAAACAGAUUUGCAUGAUUUGGUUGAAAAAUCAUACGAAGAACAGGAGACUCGUAACUCGUUAUUCAUAUUGAUUUCUGUAUCGGUUUCUACAGUUAAUUAGAUUUAAGCCUUGCGCCAUUUUAUUUUUUUGAUCCUUUUCUUAAGUAUUAGUAUCUUGAAUUCCUCAAAAGGUUUGUUCCUCAGAGGCCUACUAUUUGUCACUGCCUGCGCAUGAUCGUUCUCGACAGACAGUUGUGAAAUACAGAUUAAAUUAUCUCCAGAUGUCCGAUGGGAAGAGUUUUUGUUUAGGAAAGAGGAAGAGAUGGGUAAAGAAUUGACGAGUCGGUCGUUGAAAAUUGAAAAAUUCCGUUUAAAUUUAAAAAAAGGUUUCAAACUCAGGAUAAAAAGAUUUUUGGCUUUUCCUUACUAUGUUUUACCCUCUGGUGUGAUGAAGUCUCUUGAAACUUCCGGGCUUUGUAUACAUAUUUUGAAUUAACGCUGCUCAUUAUUUCUACAACCGAAUGAAUAAUAUUAUCUUUACAAAAUACUACGUUAAGUUAAAUAUUUUACGUUUGUUAUAAUAUAUUUCAUCGAAGAUGAUCACAAAAAAUUUGCGUAGGAAAAAAAUGCAAAUCCCAUUCUUUAACGAAUUGGCGAAAAACCCGAUGCAGACAAUUUAUUUAAAACGUCAUAGAUAUUUUUCUCUCAUUGACCUGUUAACAGACAAUACGCUACGUCGAAAGCUCUGGGGGGCUGGAGGCGUAAAAAGAAACGAAGAAAUAAACAGAACUGGAAAACAUUUCGAAAAGAGUUCUGUCGAAAAUGCAUUUUCACUACAUUUUUAUUUUUUAAUCCUCUUUCAGGAACACUUGUUAUUACGAGCUUGUUAGAGCUUAUUAUUUGCGUUUUUUUUUUCUACAACGCUUCGAAUUUCUCGAAAACGGUGUACUGACGUGAAUAGCAUGUACGUCGUACUAUAGUUCAAGAAAAAAAAUGAGGAAAUGUUUUUUUUUUUUUUUUUUAUUAUUUACUUUUAUAUAGAGGAUUUAGUGCUCGUGAAAAGAAGCAAACGAGAGUAAUCGAAGCGGAAUUGUAAUUAAAUUUGAAAAUCAUUGAAAUUCCCAGAAAGAAGAAUAUUUAAAGCCUUGGGAAAUUUUCGUUGUAAAAUAACUCGAAUAUUCUGGGCUUUUUUUUCGAUUUCCUGUUAAACUAUUACAAAGGUUUAGUUUGGUUUCAAAAUGGAAUCUGAAACGAGAUAAAAAAAAUGAGUCGAACGGGUUCGUUCCUUGUCGAUGUGAAAAUUUGCUCCGUUCUGCAUUUGUUUCUUUCAUUUUAUCAUUAUCAUUUGAAAUGUCUAUAAUCGACAGCAUCGUAUAACUAAAUGUAUGAAAAAUGAUGAAUUAUUGUGACCGCGGUUGAUGCAAACAAGUUAACCGAUUGUGUAAAUACGAUCGUAAUGUUUUCCGCUUUAAAGCAAUGCGCCAUUUGUACAAUUGUGCAUAAGAAAUAUCAAGCUCAAGGAUUAUUAGAUUUUUAGAUGAGCCAUGGUAAAAAUGCGAGAAAUUUCAUGAGAUACCGGUAGACAAAAACGAGAAAAGGAUCGAAUGGAAAACACGCACGGGGGUCACGGAUCAUCGAAGAAACGAAAAAGAGAACGAGAGAUCACAGAAUUUGAAAACGUUAGAACAAUGUGGCAUUAUGCUGUUUUCCAUCUAUUCAUUUUCAGGUUCUGUGAACAGCUGUCCAGCUGUGAUCAGAAAUCUCAGCAAGUAUGAGAGAACUAUAACCGGUUUUAUCGCAUAAACAAUUAUAGUGUGACCCCAUUAUUUAUUUAUAUCAAUAGUAUUUAUUUAAUUGUAUAAUAGCAAUAAAAUAAUACGUGUAUCCUGUG